UAAUAACUCUCUCUCGCUCUUGAAGCUGUUUCGUUUGGCUACUAUCGCGGCUGAAGACGGCAGUAAACAGUGUGUGUAGCUGGUCGAGAUGGACGAGUUUGACGGCCGGUGUCGAUGACGUAGGCUCGACCGCUUCCUGCCAAUGACCCCGGUGUCAGUCAAGUGUUCGGGGUUGACUGUGCAGUCGGGCAUGCUCGGGUUUGAACGGGGGCGCGGGAGCUAACUCCACCCCGCCGGUCGGAAGCGAGUGGCGGAGACGCACCGUGAAGUCCCGCUGGAAACUUCACCUCCCGGUCCAAAGUCCAGCUGGAGUUCACGAGCCAGUCCGGAGAGUUCCCCCCUCCAAAGAUGGCGGUGGUGAACGCGGCUCAGGUUCGACAGAGCGGACCCCUGGAGGUCCUGGUGGAGGAGCGCUGGCACAAAGUUUGGGUCCGCCUGAACGAGGAGGCGCUGACGCUGAGCUGCGGGGGCGAAACCAGCGACGGGGUCCCCAACACCGGCUCCUACCUGGACAACAACAACACCAACUCCAACAACGUCCCGCCGAGGGUCACCGCGCGGGUCCCGGAGGCGAUCGCCAACCGGAAGCGCUGCGUCCGGGUGACCAAGCAGGAGAUCGGCGGGCUCGGCAUCAGCGUCAAGGGAGGGAAGGAGAACAAGAUGCCCAUCCUCAUCAGCAAGAUCUUCAAGGGGCUGGCGGCGGACCAGACUCAGGCUCUGUUCGUGGGGGACGCCAUCCUGUCCGUGAACGGGAUGAACCUGCGGGACUCGACCCACGACGAGGCGGUGCAGGCGCUGAAGCGAGCCGGGAAACAGGUGACCCUGGAAGUCAAGUACAUGCGAGAGGCCUCACCUUGUGUGAAGAAGGGCUCCCCGGUGUCAGAGAUCGGAUGGGAAACUCCUCCACCGGAGUCCCCUUGCCUGGGCAGCACCCCCACCUCCGAGCCCCCCAGCCCCUCGACUCAGCCCAGCGUGCCCCUGCAGGGCGACAGCAGGAGCUUCCCCCUCAGGAUGUGUUACGCAACCCGGGCCAUGACCACCCCGGACCCUGAGAACAGGCAAGUGGAGCUGCACUCCCCCGACGCCAAGCACACGGUGGUGCUGCGCUGCCCGGACCAGCCUUCGGCCCUGACGUGGUUCUCGGCCAUGCACUCAGUCACGUCUACCCUCACACAGCAGGGUCAGGCUGAGGUCAUCCAGAGCAUGGCCAGGACGGGCGUGGCGGGCAGCAAGGAGAUCCGGCACCUUGGAUGGCUGGCUGGGAAGACGGAGACGGAGAAGCAGAGCUGGAGGCCAGUUCUGGUGGUGGUGACCGAGAAAGAUCUGCUGCUGUACGACAGCCUCCCGCGGGGCAAGGAGGCGUGGCAGAGCCCGGCACACAUAUACCCCCUUCUGGCAACGCGGUUGGUUCACUCCGGACCAGACCGGGGCUCACCUCACUCCGGCACCGAACUCUUCUUCGCCACCAGGACGGGCACGCGCCUGGGCAUCGAGACCCACCUGUUCCGGGCCGAGACCACCAAGGACUUGUCGCUGUGGACCCGGCAAAUCGUCAACGGAUGCCAUGCGUCUGCAGAGAUGAUCAAAGAAGUCACCACCAGCUGCCUGUACCUGGGUCAGGAGUGUCGGCUGGUGAUCCACUAUGAGCAGGGCUUCUCUGUGCUGGCGGACCCCAAACACGAGGACGCGGAGACGGAGGAGGAGGUGGAGGAGGACAGAGGCGCCGUCACUCCCACCAAGCCCACGGUGCUCCUCUCGUACCCGUACGAGAAACUGAAGAUGUCCUCGGACGACGGCAUCCGGAUGCUCUUCCUGGACUUCGGAGGGAAGGAAGGCGAGAUCCAGCUGGACCUCCACUCCUGCCCAAAGCCCAUCGUCUUCAUCCUCCACACGUUCCUGUCGGCUAAAAUUGCCCGGCUGGGUCUGGUGGCCUGACGGCCGCUCGACAGAGGCACAUGCCUCCCUUCAGUGUCCUGAAUGUAGCGUCCUUCUGGAGAGUUCCUUGAUCCCCAUCCACUGAAGCACAGGAGAAACCAGGACUGAUGCUUUUGGACUGACGGACGGCUCCUGUGGGAAGGGACUUUUUUAAAUUCAGAGCAACACAAAGAGAAAUACUGUGAUUACAAUCAAUCACUACAGAGGUGAAGUACGUGCUCGUCGGAAUAUUUCAUUCAGCUGUCCAUCAUUGUUUUGAUCUGACUGUUGUUUCACUCAGGACUCCCAUGACGUCAUAUAUUGACAUUGGGAAGUGGACUUUAUCGUCCUAUACUGACGCCGUCAGCGUUGCGUGUCGAGUACAGCAAUGCUUUCCUUCCCGUGCAGGGCUUCAGUCGAAGCAAUUGACACAUUGUUAUGUGUAAAAGAGCACCACCCCAUGGUGACCUACCCCCAACCUCCAUCUUUCUUUUACACGAUGCGUCAGGAUCAGCCACGUAAAGCAGAACGUACUUCACGUGUCAACAUGCAGCUUUGGCUUCAGUGUAGGGCGCUAAAGUCCACUUUCCCAACGUUACUACAUGACGCCAUGGCAGUGAGGAUGUGUUGGACUGAAUUAGCUUCGGAAGCCUUGAAUGUGACUCAUCUUGGAUGGCAGUGGGACUGGAACACAGAAGGCUUGUGGACGUGCAGGUUGAUGUGAGCACAAGCACUUGUGAUGGACUCAGCAGGUUGUUUGCUGAUGCUUUAGAUACGGAGGGAUUUCUGGAUGUAGACUUGCUGGAUGGCAAGCUGGAUGGGUAAUGCUAAAAUAACUGAGAAAAUCUCAGUAUUGCUGAGGUAUCUGGCAAUUACUAACGCCAAAAUUGCUUAGUAAGGCUAGCUCUGUAUUGCUAAGGUGGCUAGUAAAGCUAAAGUAGCAAUGUUGGGAUAUACUAGGUCAGUUGUCACACAGGAGAAAUACGAUAUUACUCCUGAGUAGCGCUCAGAUUAAAUACUAAGAUAGCACAGCAACGGCAUCAUAGUUUAUCCAUAGGAAGAUAGCAGGCAAUGCUGGGGCUGUUUAGCGACCCGAGAAUCGGCCAACUGACUCUUACCUCGAUUCAGAAGUGAGCACAUCAGAAGAGUGAAGUACUUUGGGCUCACUCCUUCAAAUUUCUCUGAUGACUCGACAGCCACCCGAGACUCAGACUUGACGCACUGGCUACUUCAGCAAUGCCAACACCACAGUAAAAUGCUGCAGAACUCUGAAAAAUAAAAGUGCCGCGAUGGAAUUCUGGCUUUUGAUGGACAGAUGGGGAAGUAGCAUUGAUCAGAUUCAUUGAUUGACUGACAGCGGACUUGGCCUCCUGUAAGACCUAAUCUUCCGCUUCAGAUGGCAAACAUCCAUCAUUAUUUAUACUGUCCGCCCCCGAACGUACGUUUAAUUAAACCUCAACUCACUCCGGAAUCUUUAGCUCAAUGUAAUGAUUAAAAAAAAACUUGACAGUUCAGACAUGUUUUUCUCUGCGACCAGACAAGCGGAGUGAAACGCUCCUCCUGGUCUGUUUAUCAUUUGUUCACUCAUCAUCGGUACAACUAAUAACUGUGUUAUCUUUUAGAUCACUAUUUAUUUUUUAAAAAAAUUUGUGAUUGUUUUUAUUUUAUUUAUUCUUUUGUCUUGCUUCCGUAGAGGGAUGAGGCUUCUUUUUUUCUAAUUACGUCUAUUUGUAUUGAUUUGGGAUUUUAUCUCAAAUUUCCCAUGUUUUUCCUCUGAACUCUAACACUUUAGAUGAGCUAAAGCUAGUUUGGUCUCUUAGUUGCUAAUACUGCUAAUGUACCAUGUUACAUCACUGGAUAGCAAGUUGUUAUUAGCAACAAUGGCUAUCGACUAGAAAAGCACAUGAGACGCUGUACAUGUGUCUACUAAUUUACCCCUGACAUAAUAAACUAACGCAACUACGACAAGAAUGACAGCUAAAAACAUGGCUAAUAAUGUUAGCAAACAUGGCCGCCACUGGCACCAUGCAUCAUGUCAGAGCCAGUUCUUAGUUUGACACUUGUGUCUUGUGAAAACCACGAGCAUGAACAAGUGAUAAACAGACCAGAGUUUGCUGCAGCUGAGUAUAACAGCAGUAGCGGAGGGUGGGUGCGCGCGCGCCUCACCUAAAUUUCAGUGCACCUCCUGCACGUCUGUGAUGUCCACAGGGUCAAUGGUUAGCAGCACACUGGUCUUCCUCGUGCCUUGAAUGAGAAUAAAUCCUAGUUUAAAUCAAGUGUGUGUCGAAUUCACCAUUUCUGUUGAACCUCUGUCAAACUCUGGGAGCACAUGUAGCACACACACGCUCCCGCGAUGAGUCGACACAUAAGGUGACACUGUGACUGGCUAGUGCAAUAGCACCUCGCUGGAGACAGACGGCCAUGUUAUUCCCGCUCUCAUGUGGUUUAUUCCUUCCUGUCGAAGCACAUUUCAGCGCCUCAUGAGCAGUCUGUACUUCAGUUCCAUCAUAUUAAAAUGUGAAACAUGAAUUGAAGUUAUUGGGUUUAAUUUGGGAAGAAAGGUCGAGUGUAAUGUUCUUUCUUUUCAGCAGGCUCAGUGGGUGGACUAAUGGACGGGUGAGUCGAGGACUCGAAAAGACAAAACAAUACGCCCACCGUAAAAUGAUCCAUCACCUGAUUCCAUCCCAGCUCUCAGUCCCAAAAUGCACUGCGACAGCUCAAGGUUCUGAAGAAGUGGAAGAGGUUUCUGCAGAAAGGGAGGUCCAGGCCACUUGAUUUCAGCAGCUGCCCCCACGACCUAGACAAACGCAUGAGAGGCAAUCAAUAAACAGAAAAUGAAGGUUGGAACUCCUUGCUUUUGCUGACAGCGAUAUGAUAGAAAUGAGUUGUGGAUGAAGUCAUUGGAAGCAAGAGGCUGCCUGCUUGAUAUAAAAGUGUGUCAAACAUGCACGGAGCAGCAAUUCCUGUCACGACGUGUAAACGUGUGUGAAAUUGAGUCGUCGCUGGGGAAAACAAUCGUAACUCUUGACAUUGUUUGCUUGGCCCCGAGGUGAUGAGCUCUGGCACCAUCUUUGUUCCACCACACAAGCGCAGGCACGGUGUGGGAGUGGGAGGAGGGCUCCAACGAAACUCUUCCUCUCAGCAUAAAACAUUCCACUCUGAAGCUGGCGUCCACGUUGGCCAGCUAACACUGCUAAUGAGCGGCACCCCAGACACCCCAACACCAGCGAGCGUGUGACGGGACUGAGGAUGAAGUGGGCUCACAUUCCAGGAGCCGAGCAGGAAUGUGUUGUUGUGUACAUUAUUGUGAGCCACCCAGGGAAGGUGGAAUAGGUUUAUAACAGUUCCAGCCGGAAACGUUAUAAACCUAUUGCAGUGCAUUAUGAGACUUGGUCGAUUCAUGUGAUGUAAAUAUUCCAGUCCAAGUCUGUUUGACCAGGUGGUUUCUACAACUGGUGGUUCUACCCGCCCCGUUAAAGACCACCACUCUAAACCACAUGGAUUCUAAUGUACGCACUACGCUGUCGAGAAGUGGAACCGUUGCCGAUGAAUUGACUGGGAUGAGGACCAACUCCUCCCAGACCAUGGCUCUCGAUCGAAAAAGGUGCUUGUACUCCUUCACCUAGGGUCUUGUUCACGACUGAGGAGAGGAGGAACGGUUUCAUUUGAACACUGAAACGUCAACAGUUUCCUUCAGUCAAAGAGAAACGUGCUUCCUCACGUGUGGGUGAAAGAGAAGUGUGGAAGGUUUCUUGCGAGUGUGACUUUGAAUAAUGCAGGCUGUGGUUAGCGGCACUAACAAGGGUAGAGGUUCAAAUCCGUGUCAAACCAGGCAGGAAGAAGCGCUCAGAUCAUUCACUAGCCUGCCACCAUGUUUGAAGGGCUACACUGAACUCCAAAUAAAACUUGGACCAACAGACACUUCAUCGCCAUGGUUGUCCUACUUUGAUUAACGGGAGCACAUCUGUUUUGUUGCGGGAAAAAGAGAGAAGAAUAAGAGAGAACCAGAUGUCAACACUGCCUGUUGGAUUCGUCCCAGAUUCCAAGUUAUUAUUUGCUCAGCUGAAACUCUCAGGCUGUGUUUCAGCGUGAGGUCACAGGGUGGCGUCUCUGAGGACUCCUGCAUCACGAUAGUUGGACCUCCAGACCAAAGCGGAGGUCAUCAGACAGGUGAGCAAAAAGCCUCCGGCUAACUGCUUGCUUGCUAGGUUUUGUAAGAAGA